GCCAAAAUGUGGAGAUCCAUCAUUGCCUUCGUGUUCUUUUCUGUGUCAACAUGUCAUCCGACUUUGUUCCAUAAGCGCACAUCUGACAUAUCAGACUUGAUUUCAUUUAAUGCCUCGCUUCCCAAUGUCACAAUAUUGGCUAUGGGAGGCACCAUCGCUGGAUCUGCUUCAUCAAGUACCGAGACUGCCGAAUAUGCUGCCGGUUCAGUAAAAGUUGAUACACUAGUAGAAGCGGUCCCUGAUAUUAAGAAUAUUUCAAACGUUCGUGGAAUCCAGGUAACUAAUGUUGGUAGUGAAAGUUUGACUCCUGCAAACGUUUUAAAUUUGACUCAUUUGGUUUUGGAUGAAGUUGCCAAAGACGAUGUUCAAGGAAUUGUCGUUACGCAUGGUACUGAUUCACUUGAGGAAACUGCAAUGUUCUUGGACAUGACUGUAAAUUCUACAAAGCCAAUUGUGGUAGUUGGUGCAAUGAGACCAUCCACAGCAAUAAGUGCUGAUGGUCCCAUGAAUUUGUUAAAUGCCGUUGCUGUGGCAGCUUCUAAUCGGUCGAUUGGUAGGGGCACGAUGAUCUUAUUAAAUGAUCGUAUCGGGUCUGCCUUUUAUACUACGAAAACAAACGGAAAUACACUUGAUACUUUUAAAUCUUAUGAAGCAGGCUUCCUUGGCAUGAUUUUGGAUCAGAGACCGCAUUUCUUUUAUAGUCCUGCCACACCUACUGGUAAAGUUUAUUUUGACGUUAAAAAUACUACGGAAUUACCCCAAAUUGAUAUUCUAUAUGGAUAUCAAGGGCUAAAUCCAAAACUAGCAAAAUCUGCUGUUGAUUUAGGUGCCAAAGGUUUGGUUUUGGCUGGUAUGGGUGCAGCUUCGUGGACGAAUCCUGGUAACGAAGUUAUUGAUGGGUUAAUUAAUAAUCAAAGCAUUCCAGUAGUUUAUAGCCACAGGACCAUGGAUGGAUAUUCUGAUUAUUCUUAUAAUGGUAUUCCCGCUUAUUUCCAAAAUCCACAGAAGGCUAGAUAUAUGCUCAUGCUUGCUAUUAAUGCGGGCUAUUCCAUCCCAAGCAUAACCGAAAUGUUCAGUCUUGAAUAUUAGCAUGAAUUUUUAGAAAUUAUUAAACGCCCACUACCGUCUUUUUUUGAUUAUUUUGGUUUAUACUCUUUUAUACUUUGUUUACCAUUUGCGUAAACAUAAAAAUAUUAUCACGCUAAAUUUAUGACCGCAGAAUUCUCAAGUCCUAUAAUCUUUAUGUGAAAUAUGCAAACGAAGAAUGGCUUGGACAUGUUUCGGUUCGACUGUACUUUAAAGUACGAAGUACGAAUUGAAACAAAAUAUAACGUUCGACGAUAUCAUUGUAAGCGAAAAGAAGAAAUUUUGACUUUUUUUCCUUUUUCCUUUAUUGGUAUAUGCUGCGAUUGCAAGACAUGAUAAUACAACUGAUCUUUUAUCAAUAUAACUACCAUUCUUUUUAUUUUGCUUUAAUAGCUAUAGAAACGUAAUCCACUGGAGAAUAGGACAGACAAAGGAGUUAAGGAUAAAGGAUGAACAUAAUAUCCUAACACCCACAAGUUCAUGCAUUUUGCA